UUAUAAUUUAGAUGGCUUAAUACCACUAUUUAUUCAAAUUUAUUAUAGUUGGAGAUGGAAGCGUAGGAAAGUCUUGCAUUUUGUUGAGAUACACAGAGAAAUAAUUUCGAGAUGAACAUGACACUACAAUAGGUGUUGAAUUUGGAUCUUAAAUUUUUGUAAAGAAUGAGAAGACUAUAAAAAUAUAAAUUUGGGAUACAGCAGGAUAAGAUUCUUUCAAGUCGAUAACGAGAUCAUAUUAUAAAGGGUAUAGAGUUGAGAAUAUAGAGUAGAUCAAUAGGAGUAUUGCUUGUUUUCGAUAUCACAAGCGAGGAAUCAUUCCACAAUGUAUUAAAGUGGUAUAACGAAGUCAACGAUUAAGCCGCUUAGAAUUGCUAAAUAGUGCUGGUGGGCAAUAAAAUUGAUUUGGAAUCUCAGUAUAUAUUAAAUUAUAUAAAUCAAAAAGACGGAAAAUAUCAACUGUGCAAGCGAAGGCAUUUGCAGAUCAAUACAAAAUGCAAUACAUUGAGACAUCAGCAAAAACGAAUUACAAUAUAGAUUAAUUAUUUGAGAAUACAGCUAUGGACAUAGUUGAGAAAAUCGAAAAGAAAUAAAUUGAGUUUACUACUGAAGUAUGAUAACAUUUAGAAUAUUACUAGGAUUGUGGUAUUAAAUUAGGUAAUUACUCUUAAUAAUAAAAUAAAAAAAAAUAAGACGAUGAUUGCAAAUGCUGAUUAUUAAAAUUAAC